AUGACUGCGACUGAUGUAGAUCCCUGGGAGUCUUCAACUCUCGCCGAUUGCCGGAAGCUCGCGACGGAAAUGAUAGGUCGACAAACACAAUUCGACGAGGCGUUCUUCAUAUGUGACCUCCACGAUGUCGAGUACAAGUGCAGGCUCUGGCGGCAGAGUAUGCCUGGCAUAGUUCCAUAUUACGCCGUGAAGUCCAAUCCAGAUCCUCUCCUCUGUCGAGUCCUCUUCACGAAUGGAGUGAAAUUCGACUGCUCCAACCAAAGAGAAAUCAAGUUCGUCCUGGAGAACGUUCCCGGGGCCAAGGGCUCGGAUAUGGUGAUUUCCAACACUGCAAAAUGCGUGAAGGAUAUUGCUUUCAGUUUCGAGAUAGGAGCCACUCUCAUGACGGUAGACUCCGUCGAAGAGCUAGUGAAAAUCGUACCUUUCAGAGAAAGAGCAAGGAUUCUGAUCCGCUUGCAAAGCAGUGAACGUACGAGUGAAAUCACGUUCAAUAGGAAAUUCGGUGCCGACAAUGAUACCAUCUUGAAGAUCUUGAUUAAGUGCAAGGAGUUGGACCUCAACGUAGUCGGAACGCACUUCCACGUCGGUCUGGGUUUCGUGUCGCCUUUGAUCUAUGACGAAUCGAUUGAGCUCUCCAGAGCGGUUUUCGACAUAGCGAAAGAAAUGGGCUUCACCAUGAACAUCCUCAACAUUGGAGGCUCCUUUCCUGGCGGAGUGCGACGUCGGAAGCAGUUCUCAGAAGUGGCCGCUGUCGUUCAGCGAUCCUUGGAACGGAAUUUCCCGACAGGUUGCGGAGUGACGGUUAUCGCCGAACCAGGACAGUUCUUCUCUACUUCGGCAUGGAUAUUAUGUACUAAAGUUGUAGCUGUGAAAGACACUUCGAUCGACAAAACCCAUAACCCUGGUGCCGCGAGCGAUCUCAGAGCCAGGCUGUCACGCAUGCAGCGAAGACACCUCAAGCUCAACAAGCUCGGAGAAUCCCACUCACAAGAGGAAGUGGCCGAUGCCGCGGUUGGGGGGAUUGUCGCAAAAGAGCAUCACGUUGUGCUCGCGAGAAACGUGUUCCUGAACGAAAGCCGGUCCAACGUUAUUCCUAGGGCGGCUCUACCGUACCUCGACCUCCACUUUUACCGAGUGGGCAAAGACGAGGAAAUUCCCGACAUUGGCGACGGUGGGACUGAUUCGAAGACCGUUCUGUGGGGAGCAACGUGCAACCCCAUCGAUCACAUUCUCGAGUGGGGUCACCUCGUCGACUUCAAGUGCAACGAGUGGAUCCUCAUCGACAACAUGGGCACUUACUCCAGAGCUUUCCAGUGUGGCUUCAACGGAUUCGGAAUCCCGCCGGUGCACUACAUCGGUCACGGCGCUCGCAAGGAAGCCUGA